CAAAUACCAAACACCUGGUCACUUUUUCUAAUUGUAUAUAUAUUUAAAGGGUUCUCUUCGGAGACCAAAGUUUGAAUACGUAGAGUAAUUAAUAACUCAACUCUACAAACCUGAUAAGCUUCAAUGGGGUCGAUAGAGCAUUACAAGCCAGUCAUGGUUAUGGUGAUGUUGCAGUUUACAUAUGCAAUAAUGUACAUAUUCGCUAGAGCUUCUCUCUUGCAUGGAAUGAGUCCUAGAGUUUUUGUUUUCUAUCGACAGGCUUUCGGAACAUUAUUCAUUGCUCCCGUUGCUUACUUUUUUAGGAAUAAAUCAGAGAGUAGUUCUAUGGGAUGGAAGAGCUUUUCGUUGAUCUUCAUUACAGCCUUGAUCGGUGUAACAUGCAACCAGAUGUUUCAAUAUGAAGGUAUGCACUUGACCUCAUCAUCAGCAGCAAGUGCUUUGACUAAUCUUAUCCCCGCUAUCACCUUUGUUAUAGCAUCCACUGUUGGGUUGGAGCCAAUAGAUGUUCGAAGCUUGAGAACUGUUGCGAAAAUAUUAGGGACGAUUUUGUGUGUCGCAAGUGCUGCUGCAAUGACAUUCAUCAAAGGCGCCAAGCUUAUAAAUGCGCAUUUGCCUUCAUCGAAUUCUUCAUCAUUAAAUGCAACAGGAAGUGAUAAAGUUUGGCUUCUGGGUUGCUUAUGUCUCUUUGUUGCCUGUUGUUGCUGGUCAUUUUGGCUAAUAAUACAGGUAUCAGUCACAAGAAACUACCCUGACCCCUUAUCUUUAUCGGCUUGGAUGUGUGUUAUUGGGACAAUGCAAUGUGCGGUGGUUACGUUGUUUACAGAUCCAUACUUGGAUGCAUGGAAAAUCAAAUCAUAUUUGCAACUUGGCACUUGUUUAUAUGCGGGUAUUGUUGGUUCGGGAAUUUCCAUAUGUGCACAAGCAUGGGUCAUCGAAAGAAGGGGUCCAGUAUUUUCAGCAAUGUUCAAUCCUUUGAACACAAUCAUUGUCACAAUCCUCGCUUCUAUAUUUUUACAAGAACAAAUAUACGUUGGAAGUGUGAUAGGUGCAAUUGGAGUCAUAAUAGGAUUGUAUGUGGUACUAUGGGGUAAAGCCAAAGAUGUCGCAAUGCUUAAAGAAGCAGAAGAAAAGAAGAUGUUAUCCGAAAACAAUAGAAUUAAGGUUGUACAAGUUUGGAUUGAUGAAUCCGAAUUGACUGAGCUCUUUUUACCACAUAAAUAAAAAAGGAUCGAUGAAGUCAUGCAGUGCAGGGGACAUUAGUACAUAUGAUCGCAAAUUGCACCUCAUAUCUGUGAAUUUUAAGAGAAACAAUUACAUAAUUGUUGAAUAUGGUUAGGUGAAAAUUACAAAUUACAAAUUUAAAAUCCAU